AUGGCAACUGUGAAGCCGGCGGCCAACUUUAAUGCGACGAAGGAUGCAGAGGCCCUACGGGCAGCAAUGAAAGGCGCGGGCACGGACGAGCAGGCGAUCAUUGACAUUCUGGCCUACCGCACCGUCAGUCAACGGCAAGAGAUCGCACAAGCCUUCAAGGCUUCGUAUGGUGAGGACAUCCAUAAAAAGUUGCACGGAGAACUGAGUGGUCACUUUCGGGAGGCUGUGCUGAUGUCUUUCCGCGACAAGGCUCACGCCAAUGCCUAUGCCCUUUACAAUGCCAUCACUGGGGCUGGAACGAAGGAUCGCGUUGUCGUACAGACCAUCUGUGUGUGCGACAAUAAGGAGAUGGAGGACCUGAAGAAGGCCUACGGAGACAUUCUGGUCGAAAAGGAACAAGACCCCGUAAAACGCGACCUUGAAAAGGAUGUCGUGGGGGACACGUCAGGAGACUACAGGAAGGUCCUAGUCGCUCUCCUUCAAGGUCAACGCGAACACGAAACAGCCAAAGCAAACGUGGUCGCUGACUGCGAGGCCCUUUACGCCGCUGGGGAAGGAAAGGUGGGAACGGACGAAUCGGUAUUUGUGCGAAUCUUGGCCAACAGGAGCCAUGCUCAUAUUCGCGAAAUAAACAAAGUCUAUAGCUCCACCAUGGGACACGACCUCAUAAAGACGAUCCAAAAGGAGACCUCGGGCCACUUUAAGGAAUGCCUCGAAAUCAUUGUGAAAACUGCUUUAAGCCGAAACGAGUGCAUCGCUGACUUGCUGCUUGGAAGCAUGAAGGGCCUGGGAACAAAUGACGACGACCUCGUCCGUCUGGUCAUGGCAUACUCUGAGGACAACCUCGAAGAUGUCAAGAAAGUGUUUGCCGAGAAGAAUGGAAAGUCGCUGGCUGACUACAUUCGUGGCGACACGUCCGGUGACUAUAAGAAAUUCUUGGUCGCAGUUGUCGGCGAGUAA